GUGUUCCCUCAGAGCUCUUCGUGGAGUGGUCAGAAUAUUUUUGAGAAUCUCAAGGACUCAGAGAAAGUGUUGAACUGCAGGCUUCAUGGAUCGGAGGUUCAGGCUCAGAAUAAGAGGAACCUGACACAACACAACAGCUCCACGCAGACAGACAUUUUCCAUUUGGAGAGCUUAGAGGAUAAGAAGGACCCGAGCACCCCAGGAAGCAGUGGGGGCUCCUUUUGUGAGCACAAGCCCUUCCCCCGAGGUCCUUUGCAGGUCGUUGACCCUCAUCGGAGUUGCCACAGCACCUCAGAGCACAGUCUCAGCUCCUUCAGCUCAGACCCUUAUGGGGAACGUGGGUAUGGACUGGUGAAUUUGGGCAGUCGGAGGAUGUUGCCUCCCUUUGACACCGUCAUUGGGGACUGUGUCCUGGUGGGAUCCACGCUGGAAGAGGCAGGGUCUGGGAUGAAACACAGUGGUGGGACCUGGCCCAAAGUGAUGGUGAACGCCUCUUCAGCAGAGACAGAGAAAUUCUCUGUCUAUAAGAAGCCAAAGCAGAGGAAGUCGAUCUUUGACCCUGACACCUUCAAGCGCCCCCAGACACCCCCCAAAGUAGAUUAUCUUUCCCCAGGCCCUGCCCCUGCCCAUUCUCCCCAGUCCUCCAAGGCAGAAGGGUCCCCAACUCCUCCUACCCCUCCCAAGAGAAGUGACUCCAUUAAGUUCAAACACAGACCACAAGACAGCUCUGGUUCAGAGACCACCCUGGUUCCCAGCUCUCCUUCCACCAGCCCACCAGCCAGCCAUCCAUCUGCACCAGCCCCUCUGGGGCUCAAACAAGACUCCCCACCUCAUAAGAGUAGGGGUCGGAUUCCUGGACACUACUAUCGGGAAGAAGAGGGAGAUUGUGCCCUCUUGCCUGGGAGGAAGCCUUGUGAAGAAGAUGACAAUUUCCAGAGAGGGGAUGAUUCAGAUCUGAAGCGACCCCGGCCCAAAUCAGCGCCAAUUCUUCGGCACAAACUCACCCCAGUAGCCAUUCCCAACCAGUCACUUCAGGUAAAGACCGGAAAUGGAUGG